ACGUGCCAGAAGACUCUAUAUAUACAACCUCCUUACUAUUCAAAUCAUAUCUCAUAUACACAAUUCAAUCUUCUUCUUCACAAAAAAAUCAUGAAUUUUCUGUCAUCUUUGGCUAAGAGCGCCGGAGCCGGCGACGAUUCCAAAAAAGCCGGCGAGGAAUCAGGUUCAACAACAGAGCUUUUCGCCAGUGCUAAAGUGUUAGCAGAUGCUGCUCAGAGUCAAUUCAACAAAGAUUCCGAAAAAAUUGAUAACAAAAAAGUGGCUGAAGCAGCAGCCGAUGUGCUCGACGCUGCACAGAAAUACGGAAAAUUAGACGAAACUCAAGGAAUUGGACAGUACGUUGAGAAAGCCCAAACUUAUCUCCACCAGUACGGUGGCGAUAAGGCCCCGGCCGCCGCACCGGUUGCUGAAGAAGCAAAAGCACCAGCGCCUGCACCGGAAUCGAAUCCGGCGCCAGCGCCGGUUGUUGAAGGAGAUAAGGAGGAGGAAAAAAAGAGUGAAGGAGCUGAUUAUCUUAAGAUGGCUGGUGAUUUCUUAAGCAAGAAGUAAUUAGAGUCUAAUUAACUUUUUUUAAUUAUGGCUGAUGUUAUAUUUCAGUUUUUUUUCUUAAUUUGCCACUGUUCAAUGCCGGCGCCGGAGUUGGGUUUAUGUAAUAUGUAUGUAAGCUGUGUGUAUUUCAGUAAAAUUUGUGUUUGUUUGAUUUUGUUAGUGUUA